AUGAGCGUUCCUCUCCGUCUUUUCUUCUUCGUUCAUUUGAUUCGCUUAGUCGACCUGGCCAAACCUGAACGCGUUCCGUUUGAAGAGCAACUUCUUGAAGAAGCAAGCCACUCAGGACGCAGGACCGGCAGACUUUACUGUAGGGUUGGUAUUGGUUUUCAUCUUCAGAUUCACCCGGAUGGCAGAGUAAACGGCAGUCACGAACCCGAUCAGUUGAGUGUUCUGGAGCUCUUUGCAGUUUCCCAAGGCAUUGUGGGAAUUCGAGGAGUUUUUAGCAACAGAUUUCUUGCCAUGAACAAAAGAGGGAGGCUACAUGCCACAGAGAAAUUCACAGAUGACUGCAGGUUCAGGGAGAGGUUUCAAGAGAACAGCUACAACACAUACGCCUCGGUGACCCACCGGAACCUCCGGACGGGACGGGAGUGGUUUGUGGCCCUUAACAAGAGGGGCAAGGCCAAGAUGGGCUCUAGCCCACGUGUGAAGCCUCAGCAUGUCUCCACGCACUUCCUGCCCAGGUUCGGGUCCCCGGACAGAGCUGAGAGGGGGUUCACCAUCACCGAGAGGAGCAGGGAGAAGAAGAAGGAGCCCCCACCACCUCCGCCACCGCCCAAGAUCAACGUCAACGUCAGGCAGAAGAGCACCCCGACCAUCAAGUACUGGCCCAAGUUUCGCUUCGGAUAGAGGGGCGACUGGGACCAGAGACUGUAUCCUCAAAAGGACCUGGAGUAUGAGGAGAGAGAGGACUAGCAGGACCUAUUGCUGCCCUUUUAAAGGGCCUUCACUUUUCACUCAGUGCACCCUGCUGAAAAAAACUGCUCAAGCUAUGUCUUGAAACAGCUGGUAGCUGGUUGA